GAGGACUUUGCAAAUGAAGGUUGCCUCACAAGGCGCCAUUUUCUAUGAUUGAACGGCAGAGAUUGGCGAAUCUUUUGAGGAGCUGCUCGAGAAACAGAUUGCUCAAGCAGGGACUGCAGGUCCACGGUGUGAUAGCGAAGGUGGGUUUUGCUUUCGAUGUAAUGCUUAACAACGACUUGAUCGAUCUGUACGGGAAAUGUGGCCGGGUGGGCGUGUCCCGCAAAGUGUUCGACAGAAUGCCCCAGAGAAAUGUCGUUUCUUGGACAGCUCUUAUGUGCAGUUAUUUGCAAAACGGAAAUGCCGAGGCUUCGCUGAUGUGCUUCUGUCAAAUGAGGAGGUCCGGGGUCGAGCCGAAUGAGUUCACUUUGUCGACCGGUGUCAAGGCAUGUGGGGUCGCAGGUGUUCUUGAUCACGGGAUGCAAAUUCAUGGACUGUCCAGUAAGAAUGGAUUCGAUACUGUCUGCGUGGUUGGCAAUUGUAUAAUUGACAUGUAUGCGAAAUGCGGCAGGAUUGAUGAAGCUGCUCGGAUGGGUAACACGAUGCCGUCUAUGAAUCUCAUUAGCUGGAACGUGAUGAUAGCUGGACACGUACUUGAAAAUAAUGAUGCUGGGAAGGCUCUCGUUUUGUUUCGAGAAAUGCGAGAAGCAGGGGAAGCUCCGGAUGAGUACACAUUUACAAGUACUUUAAAGGCAUGUAACCGUCUUGGGGACAUAAAGAGAGGAAAUCAAGUUCAUGCUUUCUUAAUUACAAGUGGGUUUGGAAUCUCGGGACGGCCUGCGGUUGCUGGAUCUCUUGUUGAUCUUUAUGUUAAAUGUCAGAGUAUGUCUGAAGCUCGGAAAGUUUUUGAUCGAAUAGAAGAUAAGAAUGUUAUCUCCUGGAGUGCACUUAUUCUUGGUUAUGCUCGAGAAGAAAAUUUGAGACAAGCCUUAGAAUUAUUUAAGCAACUUGAGGAAAGCAGUGUCCAUGUUGAUGGGUUUGUUUUAUCCAGCUUGAUUGGAGUAUUUGCUGAUUUUGCACUCUCAGAGCAAGGCAAGCAAAUGCAUGCAUACACCAUCAAGUUGUCAUGCGGUCGGGACAUAUCCGUUGCCAAUUCGAUUCUGGAUAUGUAUCUCAAGUGUGGAUUAACAGAUGAGGCAGAGAAGUUUUUCAGUGAAAUGCCUGCAAAAAAUGUGGUUUCUUGGACAGUCAUGAUCACUGGCUUCGGAAAGCAUGGCUUAGGGAAAGAGGCUGUCAGUCUCUUUAAAGAGAUGCAGUUACAAAAUGUUGAACUGGACAGUGUAACUUAUUUGGCUGUUCUUUCAGCCUGUAGCCACUCAGGGCUCAUUGAUGAAAGUCAAGAAAUCUUCUCAAGCUUGUGUGCGGAUAGGCGAAUGAAACUGCAAGUAGAGCACUAUUCUUGCAUGGUUGAUGUCCUUAGUCGAGCUGGAUGCAUCAGAGAAGCCAAGAUUCUAAUUGAAAGUAUGCAGAUGGAGCCCACUGUAGGAAUAUGGCAGACUUUACUGAGUGCAUGUCGGGUUCAUGGAGAUCUAGAGACAAGUCGAGAAGUGGGAGAGAUCCUUAUAAAAAUGGACGAGUUAAAUCCGGUAAACUAUGUGAUGAUGUCAAAUAUUUACCUUGAGGCAGGAUACUGGAGAGAGAGCCAAAAAAUAAGAGAAGAGGUGAAAGAAAAGAGGUUGAGAAAGGUGGGAGGGUGCAGUUGGGUAGAAAUUGACAAAAAAGUUCACUAUUUUUAUAGUGGAGAUGACACGCACCCACUAAUAGAUAGCAUCCAUGACACCUUGAAGGAAAUGGAAAAUCGGAUGAAAGAAGAGCUAGGUUAUGUGAAUCAGGUGAGAUUUGCGUUGCAUGAUGUGGAGGAGGAGUCAAAGGUCGAGAGUUUGAGAGUUCAUAGCGAGAAGUUGGCAAUUGGGUUGGCUUUGGUUUCCAGUGGACUGGAACGCAAGGAGGGUGUGAUCCGCAUCUUUAAGAACUUGAGGAUUUGUGGAGACUGUCACGAAUAUAUUAAAGGUUUGUCAAAGGUUUUGAAUAUGACAUUCAUGAUCAGAGAUGCUAAUAGAUUUCACAAGUUCCGGGAUGGACUGUGUUCUUGUAAGGACUACUGGUAAUUCAGAAAUGGAUACUCACUUGGCUGUUCUUUGGCAA